GCUGCGGCGGCGAUGCGGGGAACCUCUACGCUGCCUCAAACACGCAGAUUUGCGCGACAAAUCACGGAGAGUCACAGUCCCGAUCCCGUAACAGACGCGGCGGAACAAAGCCCGGACCAGUAGAGCCUGUUCAGGGUUGAUGAAGGAGCCGCUUCUCACUGAGUUUGCGCUGUUUGGAGCUUCUAUUUUGUCUACAUGUCUGUUUGCUUCGCCCCAAACUCCACACCGGACAUCAAAAACACCUUCCGAGGCUGGUUCCGUUCGGGCUCGGACUGCUAAUUAAACUACGGCGGCAUCUGACGGCUAAGAAAUUGUUUCUUCUUUUUUUUCCUCCGAAAAAAGGCCGUGAGGAGAGGCUGUCGUCUGGAUAGAGAACCAGUCAGCAGGCCGCUUUGUUGUCGGAGUCUUUCCGGACUCUUUUAAACCUCAUAUUACGGAGGUUUAUCGACGGGAGUUAGGCGAGGACCGCGAUUUUCUUCGCCUGGCAGCGAUGCACGGAGCUCUGACCUUCGCGGAGGAAUGCGUCGCUUCUUCCCGGCGUUAGCCUCUCUGCGGCUCCAUGGCCAGCAGUAACAACAUGCUCCUUGCCUCCGCCGUGGUGGUGUGGGAAUGGCUGAACGAACACGGCCGGUGGCGGCCCUACAGCCCCGCGGUCUCCCACCAGAUAGAGGCGGCCAUCCGGAGCAGCGACCCCCGCGGAGGCAGCGUGGUCCUCGGCCAGGUGGACAACCGGCUCUCGCCGUACAUCAUCGACCUCCAGUCUAUGCACCAGUUCAGACAGGACACAGGUACGAUACGUCCAGUGCGGAGGAGUUUUUAUGAUCCCGCCUCGGCACCAGGUCAGGGCUGGCAGUGGGAGUGGGAAAACGAUGCAGGAAGCUGGACUCCAUACGACAUGGAAGUGGCCAUUGCCAUUGAGAACGGCCACAACCGGCAGCAGAACUGCCUUGACCUGACACCGCUUGGUUUCUGCUACCUCAUCGAUUACCAGAACAUGACACAGGUGAACAGACAAAGUCAGCGAUAUCGUCGUAUUCAGAGGCGAGCAGACGUGCCCUACCCGUUGGUGUCUGGUCCGCUCCCCCUGCCUAAAGGAGUUGGUGCUGGAGUGGGAGGGGGUCUAACGGGAGCUUUACUAGGUGUUGGGGUGUCAGGAGCCAGCAUGUCAGCUGGAAGUUCCAUCACCUCCAAUGGGGGCUUAACGGCGGCUGGCCUGACCCAGCCCUGCUCCUGCCAGCAGUGCAUGCUGGUACUGAGUGUGAAGGCCAACACUGGGGGGGCAGGAGGAGCAGCGGCAAUACAGACUUUGGGCAGACGCUCGCUGACAAUACAGCGGGCCAAGAACUUUGCACCAGUGGCCAUAAGACCCCUCAGCCCAUCUAAGUCGGCCACCCUGGGUCGGGGGCAGCAGCAGAACUCCAACUUUAACUCCAACUACUACCAGACGCUGCCGCAUGGCCUCGCCAUCACCAAAAACACAGCCUCGCCCCGGCAGAACGCCCAACUUUUCGCCCAGUCGCUGGCUGCCCUCACUGCCAGCGCCUCCUCAAUGGGCAUCUCCGUGUCUUCCAGCAGGCCUCCCCCGCCAUCACUGCCACCCCCUCAGCCUCCCUCCUCCAACCCCAGUCAGAACCCCCCGUCCAUUCCGCCCAAGCUCUCCUCGUCUUCUGCAACCAACGAGUCGGUGCCAACAGCCACUUUGAUCACCCCUGCCAGCGGCGUGACCACGCCUCCCUCGCCUGUGCCAUCUCCUUCGCCAGUGGUGAUGAAGCCACAGCGCACCAUGUCGUCAGCGGCAACAGUGUGCCACGCUCCGCUGCCACAAAGAUCCAGCCUGGCGGGGCUGAGCAGGCCAGCACUGCAGAGAAUCGCCAUGGCUCAGUCCAGGGCGCUCAUAGCAUCCGGCGUGCCCACCGUCCCGGUGAAAAACCUGAAUGGAUCCAGCCCCGUCCACCCCGCUCUGGCAGGGAUCACGGGAAUCCUGAUGAGCGCCGCCGCCUUGCCCGUGUGUCUGACCCGGCCCCCGAAGCUGGUGCUGCACCCCCCACCUGUCAGCAAAAGCGACAUCAAGCCGGUGCCGGGCUUUAACCAUUGCUGCAGGAAGACGACCAAGAAGCAAACCCGCAAAGGAAAAACCCCAGAGGAGGUGGUGAAGAAGUACCUGCAGAAGGUGAAGAGUCCCCCCGAAGAGGACUGUACCAUCUGCAUGGAGCCCCUGGGGGGAGCUUCAGGAUAUAAAGGUCCGGGCGUGACUCCUGUUUCCAGGGCGGAGUCAGUGGGGCGUCUGGCACAAUGUGGACACCAGUAUCACUUCCAGUGCCUGGUGGCGAUGUACAACAACGGCAACAAGGACGGCAGUCUUCAGUGUCCGACCUGCAAAACCAUCUACGGCGUGAAGACGGGAAACCAGCCGGCAGGAAAGAUGGAGUACCACGUCAUCCCUCACUCUCUGCCGGGACAUCCCGACUGCAAAACCAUCCGCAUCAUCUACAAUAUCCCUCCUGGCAUCCAGGGACCAGAGCACCCAAAUCCAGGGAAGCCCUUCACUGCCAGAGGCUUCCCACGACACUGCUACCUCCCCGACAGCGAGAAAGGACGCAAGGUACUGAGGCUGCUGCUGGUGGCGUGGGACCGCAGGCUCAUCUUCUCCGUCGGCACGUCAAGCACCACGGGGGAGUCCGAUACCGUCAUCUGGAACGAGGUCCACCAUAAGACGGAGUUCGGCUCCAACCUGACGGGACACGGCUUCCCCGACCCCGGACAUCUGGACAACGUCCUGGAGGAGCUCCGCGCUCAGGGCAUCACAGAGGAAGACGCACAGACGGAGAAGUGACGCUGGAUACAAAAAGAAGAGGAUGACCUGGAUGAAGACUCUCUGCCAGCACUUAGAGAGUUGGGGGGUGAGGGGGAGGAGGGGGGUUACCUUUACAUUUUAUGGUAGCGCACCCACAAGUGAAAAGUUUGAGAAGCUCGGAAACGGUACUAACACAAGUGAACUCUACGGAGAGGAACAGGAUGGAUAAACGUUAGCGUAGAUCUAAAACUGGGAAUACGGUAAAGAGAAGAGGAGAAGGGCAGAGCAAUGCUGAAGGACGGAUGAAGAAGGAGUAGGGAGGUAGAGUAGGACAGGAGUAGAGUAAAGCUAACUGGUUCAGCACUUUUUCCGGUACUUGAGCUGAAAACAAACUUGAGCACUGAUCAAACCACCUGUGGGCUGUGUCGCCCUCGUGUGGCGGAGGUGAUGCACUGCAGCUGGAGCUGCAGGAACAAAUCAAACAUGCGUUUGACCUUCUGUUGUUGUGAUCCUCAUUUCGCUUCAUUCCAGUCUUUACUUCUUACUGUGAGGCCAAAAGAUCCAACCCGGAGUCUUAAUGUUGUUCCACUGUGGUACGAGUGAGGCCGCAGUACUCUGUGGAGGGCAGGGGCGGGGCUCCAGCAGAAGAGGCAAGGCCCGGUUUGUUGUGUCAGUUGUUAAGUUUGGUGCCUUUUUAUGCUUGAAGAAUUCUUAGGUCAGUUUAAACGACUUGGCAAACACAACAACACCGUUUUUCAAACAUACGUUUGGUGAACCCAGCUAAAAUCAGUGAUGAACUCCUAAAUGGUACAAUCCUACCCCCUGCUGUUGUCUGAAUUGGUACGUCCUCUGAUCUUUUUCUGUGAAACCACAAAUUAAAAACUGUAGCCUGUUGUCUAUGCAGUUUUUGUGUUUUAGAGGAAAAAUUUCAAAUUAUACGAGUUAAAUUUGGAUUCAGUGGUGCUCUUGCCUCUAACUGCACCCCCCCCCUGUCUGACCGCUGUCAUAUAGGUACAAUAGUUGCUGACCCCCCCCACCCCCCCAUAAUGUUUUUAUUAUAUUUUAUUAAAAAACUGUAGCGACACCUUUUGCUUUUGAAUAGCAUUUUUCUUGACACUAUUGUAGAUCAGUUUUUUUUUCAUUUUGUACAUUUAUGUUUUAUUAUUCCUUUUUUCAUGUGUUUACAAAGACAGCAUUAUUAAAAACAAGGUCUUUAUUUUUAUCUGUGUACAGAAGUAAAACUGAUCUGCAUCUUUUCUUGGGAAAAGGACUUUGAUGGUAACGUUUGAUUGAAUAUGACGUGUAACCAGCUAAAAGCAGAAACUUUGUACUCUUACUGUUCUUUAUAUCAAAGCCUGACCCGACGCCGCUCGGCUCAGACCCUUUUACCGUAAGCUAGAACCACGAGGAUGACCAGGAUCUGUCAUUGAAUACGUCUUGUUGUGCAUCUUUGCAGAUUUUUUUUUUUUUUUUUCUUCCUCUGGCUCAGACGCUGCAUCUGAAGAUCAUUCAUUCUCUACAAACUCUCGCUUUAUUUUGUACUGGAGUAAAAAAAAAAAAAAACUUACAAAAAUUGUAAUUAUAAACCCUGAUUUUGUAGAAGGUGAUCUGCUGCAACUUCUGAGCCCUGCAGCAAAGCGCUGCUGUGAGUCGUCACCCGCCGUCUGGGUACCAGCUGCCGUGUAAUAAGAAGUGGAUGAGCAUCCAAACACAAGAAAAAAAAUGUAAAUAUCGCAAAAUAAUUGCUGGAGUGUGAAUGAUUAAUACAAGAAAUAAAGAAUGAAUGAAUCUUA